CACGCACAAUACGCUUCUCCUCACCCAGGCCAUUCCAUUCCCUUGUACCGCACUGGUAGCGUAUUCUUCCACCUUUCUCUAAGAGCGAUUGUUUUGUACGAUGGCGCAUCCCAGAAGACAAGGCAAUAACCUUGUUAAACCAACCAAACCUGGGCACUCGACCAAGAAAUCGCCAGCGAAGCUACAAACGAGUGAGUAAACAUUUCUCUGACCGUCAAACUCAUAAACUUACGGUCUCGCGGCAGCCACAGGUACACACGGCUCGUCAAGAGCUUCGUCAACAUCCCCCUCAUCCAGAACUGUUUCGUCGAAGGGUGGAUCACAAAACCUUUUGGAAAGCUGGAACCCGAGCCUCAUGAUAGACCAACCAGAGCCCGAUGACUACCUCUACAAUAACCCUAAUCCCAGAAGUCUCUCAAGGAAUCACAUAUUCACCGCGCGCGGUCUCUCAAACCUAGGAUGUAUGCUGAUACUAGGAUUAUCCCUUUUGGGUCUAUUCAUUGGAUAUCCUGUAUCUACAUACUACACUACAGCCCAGGAGACAUUAUUUGGGAACUUGGGUCCAGGUGGGAUCAAUGCAACUGGCCAGAUACCACAAAUGAUAGGAAAUUGGGGUCUUAUUGAUCGUGAAACCCCCCAAGAUGCCCUUACUUUACCGUCGUAUAUGGAUGGCGCCGAAUGGCAGCUAGUUUUUAGUGAUGAGUUCAAUACAGACGGAAGAACAUUCUAUCCUGGGGAUGAUCCGUAUUGGGAAGCAGUGAACCUACAAUAUUGGGAGACCGGUAACUUGAACUGGUACGAUCCUUCGGCUAUAAUCACCAAGGACGGAUCCCUCGAGAUCACCCUUUCCAAGCAGCCUUCACAUGGGUUGGACUAUCAAGGCGGCAUGCUCACAACAUGGAACAAAUUCUGUUUCACUGGCGCGAUUGUUCAAGCGAGUGUUUCUUUACCUGGGAUGAACAAUGUCUCGGGGCUGUGGCCCUCAAUAUGGACUUUAGGGAACCUGGGUCGUGUAGGCUAUGGAGCUACCUUGCAAGGAAUGUGGCCAUACAGUUAUGAUACAUGCGACGUCGGGGCUGUUCCGGGUCAGGUCAUCGAUGGGAAACCGGCCGCUGCGAAUGAGCAAGGCCCAUACAACAAUGCUAGCAUUUCAGGUCUACCAGGACAACGUCUUUCCAGGUGUACGUGCCCUGGGGAAGAACACCCUGGUCCGAAACAUGACGAUGGGUCCUUUUUUGGACGGUCUGCACCAGAGAUUGAUCUGUUUGAAGGGCAGGUGGAUGGAACGACUGGUUGUGUGUCGCAAAGUGGACAGUGGGCACCUUUCAACAACGGAUAUGAAUUUCAAAACAAUAGCAAUGGGUUGAUUAUCGAUGACCCAAGCAUCACAAUUCAGAACUCGUAUAUCGGAGGCCCGUUACAGCAAGCAACUUCCUAUGUCACUCAGACGAAUCAAAUAUGCUACCAGCAGAACGAAGGCUGUUUUUCUAUAUACGGCAUUGAGUACAGACCAGGAUAUGAAGCUGAUAAUGCUUACAUCACUUGGAUAUCCGAUGGCAAGAAAGCGUGGACUUUGGAGGCAGCUGGAGUCGGUGCCGAUCCCAUUACAAACAUCUCUGCAAGACCGAUUUCCCAAGAGCCAAUGGCCUUGAUUGCAAAUCUCGGAAUGUCAAGUUCUUUCAGUUUCUUGGAUUUUGACAACCUCGUGUUCCCCGCCGUCAUGCGUGUUGACUGGAUAAGAGUUUACCAGCCUUCUGAUGCAGUUAACAUUGGAUGUGACCCAGAGGCAUAUCCAACCAAGGACUAUAUCGAGGCCAACAAAGUGGCAUAUAACAAUCCUAAUCUGACCACAUGGGACUCGAGCAUCUCUGGAUACAACAAGACAUUUCCAAAGAACAGUUUGGUUGACGGUUGUUAGGGCUAAAUUUUAUAGGAUGUGAGGAGUAUCAUUAUUUGUCCGUAUUUAUGUUGUAGGAUUCGUGUACAUAGAGUGCCUUGUAGGGUAGCGCUAAAUUGGUUUCAAGGUGUGACAUGUCCGAAAUGAAAUGAUUGUGAAGGUGUUGUCCUAUGGUGGCUUCAGUACUUCACCUUCCUCUUUCAGCUACUUUUCCCCCAUAUUGGGACUGUCACUUUUGUGAGUCACUGUGAUGUGGUUGAG